AUGCUGAAGUCCGUGAGCCGCGCGGUUCAGCUCGCAGCCCGACUGUCCCUCAGCAGCUCCGCUCCCGCCGUCAGACCCGCGCCGUCCCUCCGCAGGAGCUUCAGCAGGUCCUUCUGGAGCCUCAGCAGCAGCGGAGCGGCGUCCGGAUCCAGGCCGAGGCUGCUCACCGCGACACGGGCUCUGCCCACACUGUCCUGCGGCUGCGGGAGCCUGCACACCGAGGGUGAUAAAGCGUUUGCAGAGUUCCUCACCGAUGAAAUCAAAGAAGAAAAGAAGAUCCAGAAGAACAAGAGUCUUCCUAAAAUGUCCGGCGGCUGGGAGCUCGAGCUCAACGGCACGGAGGCCAAACUCAUCCGCUCGCUGUCCGGAGAGAAAGUCACCAUCACUUUUAACGUGAACAACAGCAUCCCGCCGCAGCUGGAGGAGGAUCCUGAGCACGCGCAGAAGAGUCCGGAGGACGAGCCUGAAAUUGUCUCAACACCCAACUUUGUGGUUGAAGUGACCAAACCAGGAGUAAAGAGUUCACUAGUGUUUGACUGUCAUUUCCCCGAGGAUGAGACCGGUCACGGUGAGGGUGAGGAGGAGAGCGACAUCUUCGCCAUCCGUGAGGUCAGUUUCCAGCCGGAGGGAGACGUCGAGUGGAAGGAAACCAGUUACACACUCAACACAGACUCUCUGGACUGGGCCCUGUAUGACCAUCUGAUGGACUUCCUGGCUGACCGCGGCGUCGACAACACGUUUGCGGACGAGCUGACGGAGUUGAGCACGGCGCUGGAGCAUCAGGAGUACAUCAAGUUCCUGGAAGAUCUCAGCACUUUCGUCAAAUGCAAAUAGAUUUUCUAGAUUUAUCACAAAACUCUGUGAUGUGUCUGGCUCACGUGGUCUGAUGUGAUGACUGGACGAAGACGAAGACGGAGGCAGAACAGUUUUCUAUUUAAUUUUAUGUCAUGUUUGUGCACACCGGUUACAGUUCAGAUGUCACCGUAGGGGUUUAUGGGUCGAGAAUGUGAACGAAACAUUCAUGAGAAAUAAAACGGAGUGGAAAUAUUGGGCUGAUUGUUCUAAUUUAAUUUCAGUAUAAUAUUUGUGUUGCUAAAAGGCACAUUUUUUUUUUUUUUAUGCAUCUCAAUUUAAUGACUCGAUUUGACUUCUUGAAAAGUGACUUUAUUAAAUUGGCAUGAAUUAGGCAGGACUUCCAGUUUGAUUAAAUGAUAAAAUAUGUGGGGAGGUUUGGAAACGGUUAUUAUUUUUGGUGCAGAAAUAACACUUCACCAUAGACUUACCUCGGAUGUCCGAUCCAUUGAAAAAGUAACUUGAAGUGUUUAAUAAACUGGUUUUAUUAUCUUGUAUGUGAAACAGGAUCAAAAAACAUUUUAUUUCACCAAAAUAAAAGCGUUCUAUAUUUUA